AAAAAACAUCCAAAAACACCUGUUAUGGCUCUCGCUGGUGAAUAAUCAUGGCAGUUAUAGAAUAUGUUCAGUGGUUAUUAUUUAUCUGGUACAUUGUGGUUACCCUCCUCGGGCUUGUCGGGUACUGCCAGAUCAUCCGCAAGUUUUUGUUCCGUGUCAACUAUUUGAAGGGCACCUUGGUGCAAAAGCACUUGAAACAGUUCGUGGAGGAUGAACCCAAAAACACUGAUUUACCAUAUGUGUCGAUUCUCCGUCCUAUAAAGGGCCUAGACCCGGGCCUCGAGGCGUGUCUCGAGUCCUCCUUCCACCAGGUAUACCCCGUCAAGAAGUACGAAAUUAUCUUUUGCGUGGCCAGCCGUUCUGAUCCAGCCUUAUUGCUAGCCAGGCAACUCAUGGCCAAGUACCCGAACCACGACUGCCGCAUCAUGGUGGACGAAACUGAGAGUCGUUUUGGGUUGAACCCAAAAAUCAACAACUUGAUGAAGGGCUAUAUCAACGCGAAACACGAUUUAUUGUGGGUCUGGGACUCCAACGUCUGGGCCGGAAAGCUCACCAUGUUGAAAUCUGCCACCACCUUCAGCGGCAAGGGCUACGAGCGUGGCCGCAAGAUCAAGGUGGUGCAUCAUGUCCCUUUAGCCGUGGCCACAUCACCGGGUAGCCGCAUUCUCGAUUUAGGCAGCAAGCUCGACGAGAUGUUCAUGACCACGGCCCACGCAAAGUACUACAUGGGGCUAAACACCGUCAACACUGCGCCAUGUGUGAACGGUAAGUCAAAUUUUUACCGCCGGUCCGAGUUGGACGAGUCAGUGCGCGCCCUCAAGCUAGAGGAGAAACUAAAGGGCGUCAAGAGUGGCAGCAACGCUUCUCCGUAUGGCGAAGCAUACACCGCCGCCUCCAGCUCUGUGGCAAACUCCGGCAACAGCUCGCCGUUGCGAGGAGCGUCUACAGCGACGUUGAUCGAAGAGAGCUCCCCAAAGAGCAACCCCGUGUCCGCGAGAGACCAUCCGGGGCUCGGGUACUUUGCUCAGUACAUCGGCGAGGACAACAUGAUUGCGAUAGCUUUGUGGAACUAUCCGCGCUCCAAGCCCGGCUACUCAAAGCUUAUCCACGAAGCUGUUUACCAGCCCGUUAAUCACGCCAACUUUUACACCAGCCAUGAUACUGACACCUCAGGCUGGAUGGAGAGCUUGAGCACCGUCAAGAACUAUGUCAACCGCCGCACCCGGUGGUUGAGGGUCCGAAAGUACAUGGUCUUGGCCGCCACACUCUUGGAGCCGUCCACGGAGUGCCUUCUAGCGGGUGCCAUGGGCUCCUAUGCCAUCAGCCGGCUCUUCUACAACGCCCACAACCAGACAACUAUCUUGGCUCUCCAUGUGCUCACGUGGUUUUUGAUUGACGUAUCCCAGUGGCACACCCUCCGCAGGGCCUAUAAGUUCUACUAUGCCGAUCAGCACGAUCCAACCUUGCCGUCAUUUUUGCCCGGGAUGACCUCCACCGACAAAUCGGUGUGGUUUAGCGCCAGCCGGUGGGUACUUGUGUGGGUCAUCAGAGAGUGUCUUGCCCUUCCAAUCUGGAUCAUCGCCAUGGUGGGAGAAGACGUGAAUUGGCGGGGCGAAGCCUUUGUCAUUACCAAGGACGAUGGCGCCAAGAGAACGCAUUUGCAAUAGCUGUAUAUAGAAGUUUAUCUGCUUAACCAAAAAUAGAUCAUAAUAGCAUAAAGGGUGUUUAGGAACAGGAG